GUGGUGAGGUCUGGAACCACUUACCCGGUUGUACACUUAUCACCAUGGUUGGGACCCGUAGUGGGUUAGAGACUAGCCCCUAUAGUAAGGAGCAGCAAGAAAAGAUGGCCGCCUUAGUCCAAGAGAACAGGGAGAGAAAAGAGCGUGAGAAGCAAGUGAAGCUAAAGGCUAUCGCAGACGAGCAGGCGGCGAAGAUGAAGAGAUUGGAGGAGGAGAUGAAGAGAGUACAACAAGAGGAGGAAGAAAGAGGAAAAGCUGCUGAAGCAGAAGCGGCAGCAGAAGAAGAGAAAGAGAGAAUUGAGGAUUGAGAGUGGAGACGGAAGCAGUGGUGGCACAAUGAAGGGGGAGACAGGUAUUGAGAUGGAGAAGAAGAUCAGCGAGUGGGUCGCUAAUUUAUCGUUGGGUGAAGAGGAGGAGGCAGAGUCCUAUGUAACUGAGGAUGAGAGGGCUGCGCUAGCCAGUGAGCUAGCAACAAUGACAGAUCCGAUGGAAAGGCGAGAAAGGGAGGAGGAGCAGAAAUUGGCAUGGAAGUUGACGAUGAAGCGAGAGAAGAAGAGGAGGAGAGAGGAAGUGAGUAAAAUGACUGCAGAGGUAGCGAAGGUGCAAGCGUGCAGGCAGGAGGUGUUGGCCCAGCCGGAUGAUAAGGCCAAGUGGGACAAGGUACAGGGGUACCUGGAAGUGUUGAGCAAGGCCUGGAUGGAAGAGCGCCAGGCUAGCUGGAGCCAAGAUGUAGCCUUGAGUGCAAUGCGUUCAGGGUUUAGAGACUUUGCGCGCGAGCUCGUCACCCAUAUUGGGGGCGAAGUCAAGCAAUUGAGAGACAAUGUAGGGAAGUUUUGUGAGGGCGCCAUUCAGGGUGCCAAAGCUGUAGCUGCUGUAGAGGGAGAGGCCAGACCCCGUAAGGACCUAGUGAAACUUAAGUUCCCAGAUGCGUACGGGGGAAAGAAGGAAGAAAACUUUGACAACUGGGAAGCCAGUGUCAAUAGUUAUAUUUACUUACAACACAUCCUGAUUGAGGAACAAGUCCUCGUGGCCUUCCAGGCCCUCAAAGAUGAAGCGGCUAGUCUCGCCAGGUCUCUUGCGCGUACAGCCGGUUGUGAAAACAACCUGGUUGCAUAUUCCAAAGUCACCCCUCUUUCCCAAUUCCUCAAGCUCCUCAAGGACAAAUCUCAACAGGCCGGCAUCACAUAUGAUGCAUUCAGUAGGGAAGUCGUCCUGUAUGAGUCAAAGUCUAUGCCAGUUCCCACCUUCUGGCACAAAGACUUGGAGAAGGGAAAGGGGUGGAAAGGGCGUACCAUCUCUAGCCAAAUCAAGGCCAAGGAUCAUAUGAUCCUUACCUUAGAGGAAGGUGGUACAAACGAGGUUCCUAUAAUCAGAUCGAGUGGGGCCUCGAGGAUGAUGGCAGUAGUGUGGGGAAAGGGAGGUCCUAUGCUGCUGUCGCGGCUGGAGGGAGGCCGCAAGGUAGAGGAGGAGGCCAAGGCCAAUGGGAGGCCGGGGACCGGGAGCGCAAAGGGUUGGCGGCCAAGGAAACCACCAAGCAGGAGGUAGGGGUCAAGGUCCCCCGUUAAAUCGCCAGGGUAAUCGGUCCCCACAUCAAGGAGGUGGAAGAGCACCUCAAGGAGGAUGGCACCCAGGGUUUCCACAGGGCAGGCCCUGGGAAGACUUGGGCUUGGACCAGCGAUUAUGGCAGGAACGCGU